GCAACGCGUUGCUGAACUGAGACUCGUAAACAGCACGAAGAGUUUCUUGGUACAUGCAGUCGUUUGGACAUUAGAAACGACAAAUUAAUUCAAGCUGUCGCUUCCACGUGUAAAAUACAAUUAAAAUGAGUUCCUCGGAGGUUAAUUUGGAAAACAGACAACUUGGUAGUUUACUGCAUAACUGGGUAGAAGAGAGAGCCACUGCAUUGCUGGACAAUACAGGGCCCAAAUCCCACAUCAACAGAAAUGGACAUAUGGGUAUUCUCACUGUGGACAUGACCUCCAAAAUACAUGGAGUAAGUACAGUGAAAGCAGCCUUCACCACCCCCACUGGCCCACGAGUAAGACACAAAGGAUUACGGGCUGAGCUGUUGGAGAAGUGCCUCAUCAAGACAAUAAGUGAGCAAAUACAAGCAGACCUCAACCCAGAGCUUCCAGCCCAAGAACUGUGCUCUGUUACCAGAGCUGACUAUGCAGCGGAGGGUUUCAAAUCUGUCUGCUCAGCUCCAUCCAUGGACCAUGACUACAAAACUAACCAAGCCAUCACAUUCUGGAGUGAAAACUAUCAGAAGGUUCAGGGAGUUACAGGAGUCGGAACUCCAGAUGGACCGUUUAAGAAGAACACCACCUUCAGCACACCGAUCAGCGAACGCCUGGACAACCCCAUGGAUUUCACUCAUGAGAACUAAUAGAAGGGAAGUGAAAUUAGUAAUAUGUACAACAAUUGUUCACCCACACUUAAAUAACACUAAAUAUAACACACAUGUAUAACAAUACACCAAAAUAGCCUAAAUUCAUCCAAAAAAGAAAAGAAAAAGAAAGUCAAUUCAUCUGUGAUCUUAAAUGAUCUGCUGUUCUGAUGUACUUCUGUUGAGGUGUCAAUACAAAUACAUCACAAUUAUGUAAGGUAAUUUCAGUUAAUGGGACACUGAAACUUAGUGACUGUCCUUUUCCUUCUCCAGAACGACAAGAAGUGUUAUUUUUAAUGUUGCUGUAUGUGUACUGAAUAUGAGUAAAGGUUUUUGAUUGUUGUGA